GGUGGAAUUGACUGACAAGAUGGGAUAUAAAGCACGGCUUCUUGGCCGCUGAUGAUAACGAUUAUUCUUUCUCUUCACCCUCACCUCAUUUCUUCCAUCACCACACUCUUCUCCUUCUCCUUUUCCCUUGAGCCAGUCUCAUUCUCUUCCACACUACUCGGGCAGUAGUCGUUCUUUCACCUGUACUUUACUCUCUUUCCAUUCUCACCUUCUAUUUUCCCCCAUAUCUCUCUCUUCUCCCCAAACUCCAAAAUGAAGUUCUCCACAGCAGCCAUCGCCCUCCUAGCCGGCGUCGUCGCCGCGGCGCCCGCCUCCGAAGUCUCCCGCAGCCGCCAGCGCCGCGCCGGGGGCAGCGAACUCAUCCAGCAGCUCCAGUCCACCUUUGACCGUAACAACCCGAACGGCACUCCCGCCGCAGCCGGAGACCCGGACGACCUCAACGGCGACGGCGUCAUCAACGUCUUCGAGGCCGGAGCCCAAGCCAGCAAGCGUAAGCGCGGCGGUGGCGGUAACGGUGGCCAGCAGGCUGCUGGUGCCGGUGCCGGUGGCAAUGGUGCCCAGGCCAAGGGUGGCAAUGCCGGCGGCAACGCCAACAACCAGAACAACGCCGGCAAUGCUGCGGACGAGGAAGACGCGGCGGCUGGAAACGGCGGUGCUGCUGCCGAUGAGGAAGAUGCGGCUGCUGGUAACGGCAACGCGGCCGCCGGCAACGGUGGUGCUGCUGCAGAUGACGAAGAAGACGCUGCUGCUGGCAACGGCAAUGCGAACGCCGGUAAUGCCAAUGCUGGAGCAGGCAACGCGAAGGCUGGCAAGAACAAGAACGCUGCCAACGGCGCCGCCAACAACGCUGGCAACGCCAAUAAUGCUGGCAAUGCCGCUGCUGGCAACGGUGCUGCCGCAGACGAGGAGGACGCGGCCGCAGGCAACGCAGGCAAUGCCAACAACAACAACAAUGCAGGCAACGCAGCUGACGAGGAGGAUGCCGCAGCUGGGGACGCCAACGCUGGCAACGCGAACGCGGGCAAUGCCAAUGCCGGAGCUGGAAACGCAAAGGCUGGCAAGAACAACAACGCCGGUAACGCUAACAACAACAACAAUGCUGGCAAUGCGGCCGAUGAAGAGGAUGCUGCUGCCGGCAAUGCAGGCAACGCCGCCGACGAGGAAGACGCCGCCGCUGGAAAUGGCAACGCUGCUGCUGACGAAGAGGACGCGGCGGCUGGCAACGGUGCUGCUGCCGAUGAGGAAGAUGCGGCCGCCGGCAACGGAAACGCCAAUGCGGGCAACGCGAACGCUGGAGCUGGAAACGCAAAGGCCGGCAAGAACAAGAAUGCCGGUAACGCCAACAACAAUGCCGGUAACGCUGGCAAUGCCGCCGAUGAGGAGGACGCCGCCGCAGACAACGGAAACGCCGCUGACGAAGAAGAUGCUGCCGCCGGCAACGGUAAUGCCGCUGACGAGGAGGACGCCGCCGCCGGUGGCGCUGCCAACAACGGGACCGCCAACGCCGGAGCUGCUACCGGUGGUGCUAGUGCCGGCAAGGCCAACAAGGCGAGCAAGGCCAAGGCCUCUCGCAACGGCCGCUCUCUCAACCUUUACGCCGCGCGCAACAUUGCGCGCGGCCGUCCCUCCCGGCGCACCGCCGGCGAUGACUCUGAACAAAGUGGUGGCGCAAAGGGCACAGGCAAAGGCAAGGGCAAAGGCAAGAACAGGUCGAAAGGCAAGUCUUCAUCAUAUUCGUUUAGGAAAGGCGACGAGGGCGGAAAUCGACCUGAGAAGGAUGGCCGACCUGAUCGGUCUGGCGAUGGCCUCAGGGCGGAAGAAAGUCCCGCAAUGAUCGGUCGCCCUGAUGGUCCUGGGUCUGGGCUUGGGUUUGCUGAGUUGUCCGAAUUUUUUGAGAUUCGGUGUGAUGAGUGA